AUGGGAAAUCAGUGGGUUUUGGGGCUUCAUCUCAUUUUCAUAGGUACUUUUGUGGUUGCAACAACUUGUUUGGGUGCUCGUAAUUCGACAGCAAGUUGCCAUGAGCAAGAGAGGCUAGCACUGCUUAAGUUUAAAGACAGCGUCAAAGAUGAUUUCAAAAUGUUGUCAUCAUGGGUUGGCAUCGAUUGUUGCUCAUGGGACCGAGUUCAUUGUGAUGGUGCCACCGGAAGAGUUGCCAGUCUUCAUCUAAGAGGAAUUGUAAGGGGACUUUCUUCUUCAUGUUGGGUUACUGGCACUUUUGCCAGCGUCACCGCAAGUAUGGUAAACGGCUACUUAGUUGGUGAAGAGUACUACUUAAUUGGAGAAGAUGUCAACUCUUCUUUAGCAGAGUUGAGGCAUUUAAAAUAUCUGGACUUGAGCGGAAAUGAUUUUCAAGGAAGGCGGAUCCCGGAGUUCAUCGGAUCCUUGAAAAAGUUAAGGUACCUCAAUCUCUCUAAUGCAGGUUUUAGUGGCAAUAUUCCCCAUCACAUUGGAAAUCUUUCAAAUUUGAAAGUUCUUGCUCUCAGUUCAACAACAUACACACAAACGUUAACCGCCGAUGAUAUGGUCUGGAUUUCUGGCCUUUCGUCACUCAAGUAUCUUGACUUGAAUGGAGUGAAUCUUAGCGGGGCAAAAAAUCGUGACAAGGUGCUUUACAUGAUUCCUUCAGUAAUACACUUAAGCUUGUCAUGCUCUGGAUUUUCAGCUGUUGAUCUUGCAGCAGGUCCGCGUCUGAAUUUUAGUAGAAUUCUUCCCAACAUCAAAUACCUUCAGCUUAAGGACAACGCAAUUGAAGUCCUAUUUCCAUCGGUUUUAACAAACAUGAGUUCCCUAGUAUCUCUUGACCUUUCAGGCAACAUUCUAAAUUCAUCAAUUCCUUUCAUGCCUAGCCUUCUUAAGCUUGAUCUUUCUAAUAGUGAAAUUAGGCAGAUUGAUUAUAUUGGUAUAUGGAGACAGUGCAACCUGAAAGAAUUGAUUGUUUCAUUUAGUAAUCUUGAAGGAGAUAUGACUGGACCAUCAACAAAUGCAUCCAUGUGUUCCACAUAUGCUUUAGAGGUGCUGGAUUUAUCUCUGAAUGAAUUAAGUUGUUCAAUUCCAAAAUCAUUUGGAAGGCUGACAAGUUUAAGAGCAUUACAUCUUGAAUCGAACAGAUUAAAAGGUCCAAUCCCUGAAGAUUUGGGGAAAUUAAGAUUUUUAGAAGUAUUAGAUCUAUCUUACAACCAGUUAGAUGGUCCCAUUCCAACACUUCUUGGACGGAUAACCGAACUUGACCUUUCUCAUAAUCAAUUGAAUUACUCGAUUCCAGAAUCCUUUAGAAGUUUAGCAGCUUUAACAUAUUUAAAUCUAGAAAGCAAUCAGUUAACAGGACCCAUCCCAGCAUCUCUAGGAAGACUUGCCACAUUAAAAACAUUUUCGAUGUCUUCAAAUUUGUUAAAUGGGACUAUUCCAACUCUUGUUGGGCAACUCACCGAACUUGAAUUUCUAGAUGUCUCCAAUAACUCUUUAGAAGGAGAAAUUUUGGAAGCCCAUUUUUCAAACCUUUCAAUGUUGAAGUACUUGGAUUUAAGUUCCAAUCGGAAUUUGACAUUAAAUGUUUCACGUCAGUGGAUACCUCCGUUCCAAUUGAGAACCAUUCGGCUUAGUUCUUGCAAAAUUUCAGAUGAAUUCCCGAAGUGGUUUCAAACUCAAAAGAAACUUGAUGAGUUGGUGUUAUCUAACGCUAGCAUUUCUGGGCCUCUGCCCACAUGGUUGCGGCAGAUGCGCAUCAUCAGUUUCUUAGAUCUCUCUUACAACAAACUCAAUGGACCAUUGACAAACCUUCCUUUCGGGGACCCUCUUAAUAGAUAUAUAAAUGAAUAUAUGGGGUCAUUAUAUCUGCAAAAUAACCUUUUCAAUGGGUUAAUUCCAAGGUCUUUGUGCACAAGGACUGGCUUGGAAAUUCUUGAUCUUUCAAAAAACAGGUUAACUGGGAUAAUACCCAACUGUUUACUGAAUCUUCAACAUUUGAGUAUGAUGAUACUUAGUUCAAAUGGCUUAUCUGGUGUCAUUCCAAGUUUUUUAGGCCGCAUUUCCCCAGCAUUGUCAUGGCUAAACUUGAACAACAACAGCUUCACUGGAGAGCUUCCUCAAGAUUUGGGAAAGUUACACGCCUUGACAGUCUUAGAUCUUGGUGACAACGAAUUUUCCGGAAAGAUUCCCAAAUGGAUUGGAGAAAAACUAACAAGGUUGAUGGUUCUGAGGUUGCAUAAGAAUAACUUCAGUGGAAGAAUUCCUCAAUCUUUAUGCAAAAACUCACGUCUUCAGAUUUUGGAUAUCGCACACAACAACUUAAUAGGACAAGUCCCGCGUUGCUUCGGAGAGCUGUAUGGAAUGGUUGAGGCUAGUCAUCAAGAUAUUCGUAACGGAAGUUUUUCUAGUUCUGAUGAAAACGUAAUUCAGGUAAUAAAAGGUUCCGAUCUUGAAUAUUCAAAAACUUUGGAUUUGGUUUUUAAUAUGGAUCUUUCAAGCAAUAAACUAGUCGGGCAGAUACCGGAAGAGUUAAUGACACUUUCUCUGUUGGUGGGUCUCAAUCUGUCUCAUAAUCAUCUAAGUGGGGGAAUUCCAAGCAGUAUUGGGAACAUGAAGGCUUUAUUUUCACUCGAUUUCGCAGACAACAAGUUAACUGGAAUGAUUCCUCCAAGCUUGGCAUCUUUGAACUUUUUGAGCCAUUUGAAUCUGUCACAUAACAACUUGUCCGGAAAAAUUCCAACGGGAAAUCAAUUGCAAACCCUUACUGAUCCAUCAAUAUAUGUUGGUAACAGAGAUCUCUGUGGCGCUCCACUACCAAAGAAUUGCUCCAAUCAUGAAGAUCCAACCACCACAACAAGCAAGAACAACAAAAGAGAACCUGAUGGGCCCAAGGAAUGGUUUUAUCUGAGUGUAGUGUGUGGUAUAGCAACAGGGUUUUGGGGUGUUAUUGGAGUCUUGCUGUUCAAGAAGCAAUGGAGGUAUAAGCUUUUUAUGGUGGCAGAGGUAACCACGGACAUGAUAUAUGUUGCAGUCAUGGUGAGAGUUUCCAAGAUGAAAAGAAAAGGAAGAGAUGCGGCAUAA